AUGCCUACCAAAGCACCCAGCGCAGGCACCAAAGUCACAACGGGUGAAAACAUCCCCGUAACCCGCGAAGCCACCGGCCCCGUUGCCUCAGGCUCGCUCGCAGCCGAGUCAACCGCCGAGGGCGGCGGGUUCGCAGCCAACAAACCGGCAUUGGAAGGUCAGGAGCAGGGACGUAGAAGGCAACCCCAGCAGCAACCACAGCACGGCAGAAGUACCGUGAGAAGGACAGGAGCAGGAGAUACAUCAACCUCGCUAGGCCUCGAGAACCAGCAGACAUCCCGUGGAGCCACCACUGGCGACAACACUGGCGGGGGUACGCGCCACACCAGGAAGACAGCCGGUGCCAGCGAAGGCCCUACUACGUCCUCUGCCCAACCAGCCACGGCCCCGACAUACGUCGCCAGCCAAUACAUCCGCAACCCGGCCGGCCCGCAUGGCAAGAACCUGCAUGAAGGAGGGUUUGAAGGGAGUGGGACGGCGGAGGGAGCGUUGCCUGAGCCGGGGAGUAUGGAGGAUCCUGGGAGGGCGGCGUUGGGGUUGGGGGUUGGUGGGACGGCGAGUUCGAGAAAGGGUAUGGGAGGGGGUGGAAAGGAGGAGGAAGGGACUGGGUCUGCCUCGGGGGGAGAGAAGACAUGGUAUACGGCUUUGGGGGACGAGGAUGCGUAG